ACGGCAAUCCAAGUGCAUGCCCCAGCUGCAGGAGUGAUUGAGGAAUUACUCGUGGUUGAUGGAGCCAGUGUCCAGGCCGGAGCAAAGCUCUUAAAGCUUCAUAUCAAUGAGGCACCAAAGAAAGCAGAAGCAGUAUCCCCUGAGAUAAAGGAGAAGCCAGUUGAGCUGAAAAAAGUAGUUGCACCCCCACCUCCUCCUCCUCCUCAUGGAAAGGAGGAGCCACACCUGAGAUCCCCUGAUUUCUUGAAACCUCCUCCACCACCACCACCACCCCCUCCCACAGGAGGAGGCAGGCCUCCCCCACCAUCAACCCCACCCAGACCCCCACCCUUGCCCAAGGGCCCCUGGGAAACCAUUACCGCUGCACAGUUCCAGGCCCAGCCAGCCUUGGCUACCUCAACAUGGAUGAUGAACUCAUUUGUCACUGAAGGAAUGAGGACGAAGCAGCGUAUCAAGAUGAACCGCAUGCGUCUCAGGAUAUCGCACAAUGUCAUAGAGUUGAGGAAGACUCAUCAGGAAACAUUUGUAAACAAGUAUGGAAUGAAAAUGGGUUUCAUGGCUGCAUUCAUCAAGGCUUCAGCCUAUGCCCUGGAGAAUCAGCCAGUUGUGAAUGCUGUCAUCGACGGUAACAAGAUCGUUUACAGGGACUACAUUGAUAUUUCGGGUCUGGUGGUGCCAGUGCUACAAAACGUGGAGGUGAUGAAUUUUGCUGACAUCGAGCUGGGUGUGGCAGCCCUGGCCGAGAAGACACGGAAAGGAGAAUUGGCCAUCGAGGACAUGGAUGGAGGGACAUUCACCAUCAGCAACAGAGGCGUGUUCGGCUCCCUCAUGGGGACACCCAUCAUCAACCCGCCCCAGUCUGCCAUUCUAGGCAUGCAUGCCAUCUUUGACAGACCUGUGGCCCAUAACAACCAGGCAUGUCCUCUUUUGUUUUCAGUUUUUCUUGUGUUAUGA